ACUUAAAAGAAAGAAGGGCGAAAGCAGAAAAGUCACACUUUCCUCCCUUCUUCCUUUGGCCGGUGCUCCUUUCCUUUAUAAGAGCCGCCCUUACCUCUCUCUCCUCCAAAACAACACCAGAAUCACUCAUUCAUUAUUCACUCAAUUUCUUCUCAGUCAAACCUAUCAUAUAUAUUUUCCAUAUUGAUUAUAUCUCAUAUCUCUAACAACUUAUAAUCUUACUCCGUAUUUGGAGUCAUGGGUAUGGAUAUCUCCCAAGAACAAGUCUGUAAUAACACAUCAACAUUACUCGAAUACGCGGCUUCCGACGAUAUUAACAGCUUUAAACUCGCCGUUGAGUCGGGUGGUCUGCCGAUUGAUGAGGUGGGUGUUUGGUACACUCGUGGAAUUGGAACCAACAAAAUGUCUUACGAAGAGCGGACACCACUUAUGGUGGCCGCUCAAUAUGGUAGUAACAAUAUUCUUGAUUUUGUACUUCAAUUUGGUGGUGAUUCGGUUCAUGUUAACCGAGUUUCCGGGUCUGAUCGGGUCACCGCCCUUCACUGUGCAGUGGCUGGUGGCUCUCACAAUUCUCCUUAUGUCGUUCACCGCCUUAUUUCGGCUUCCGCUAACACCAACAUCGUUGAUGCUAACGGUAAUAGGGCGUCUGAUUUAAUCCACAUGUUUCCAAAAAUACCCUCGAAGAACAGUUAUAAGCAGCAGCUUGAUGUUCUGCUGAAAUCUGGGUAUUCUGAUUCAGAUUCUGGUUCAGUUUCCGGGUUCAGUUCUGAUUCCGAGUCCGAUUCCAAGAAGGAGUUUGCAGUUUCUGAACUGCCGGAUAUUAACAAUGGAGUUUACGGAAGUGAUGAUUUUAGGAUGUAUUGUUUCAAGAUUAAGCCGUGUUCGAGGGCGUAUACUCAUGAUUGGACGGAGUGCCCGUUUGCUCACCCCGGUGAGAAUGCAAGGAGGAGAGACCCGAAGAAGUACCAGUACACUUGCGUGCCGUGCCCCGAGUUCAAGAAGGGGAGCUGCAAGAAGGGAGAGGAGUGUGAGUUUGCUCAUGGUGUGUUCGAGUCGUGGUUGCAUCCGGCGCAGUAUAGGACUCGUUUGUGUAAGGAUGAGAUUGGGUGUGCUAGGAAGGUUUGCUUCUUUGCUCAUAAGAGGGAGGAGUUGCGCCCUGUGUAUGCUUCUACUGGUUCCGCGAUUCCUGAUGUGAAUGUGUCGUCGUCUCCUGGUGGUGGGUUUAGUUGUACAUCCACUCCUCCGAUGUCCCCUUCAUUUGCUCCGCUUUCCCCUAGCAACGGAGCAUCAGGGGGUGCAGGAGGGAUGUAUCAGGGGAAGUCGGGUUUUGGUGUCACACCUCCUAAUCUACAAUUACCUGGUAGUAGACUAAGGUCUAGCUUUAGUGCUAGAGAUGUGGAGUUGGAAAGAGAGCUGAUCAAAAUCGAGUCGCAGCUCAUGAACCAACAACAUCAGUACCAGCAGCAGCAACAACACCAGCAUCAGCAAGUUCUUUCACCUAGGCCGUCUCCUAGGUGGAACAACAACAAUAUGGGCAGGGCUAAUGACAUGAUGCAGGCUACUAAUCUCGAAUCAGCUUUUGCUUCGAUCAAUGUAGCAAGGAAGAUGUCACCCCCAAGUGUAUUGGAUUCACCUCUCAAUUCUCCAAGGAAGUUGUCACCUCCAAGGGCUCUUGACUCCCCUAAGUCAAUGGCUGCAGCAAUGCUGAACUCGCGAGCUGCAGCCUUUGUUAAGCGUAGCCAGAGCUUCAUUGACAGGACAGCUCCAGGAUCACCAAUGGGUGGUAAUAUGUCAAAUCCAAUGUCGACCCCUAUGUCCAAUUGGGGCUCGCCGAAUGGAACAUUGGAUUGGGGGAUCCAUGGAGAAGAGUUGAACAAGCUAAGGAAAUCGAAUUCAUUUGGUUUUCGUGGUGCCAACAAUAACAAUGCCAAUGCCACUAGAACUUCCCCACCCGGCUUCAAUGAGCCGGAUGUUUCUUGGGUGAAUUCUCUGGUGAAAGACGAGGCUGGUGCCGGGUUUUUGGGAGCAAGGUCGCCGAGUUAUGGUCGUAGUGGUGCAGGAAAUGGUGCUCAAGGUCAGGAUAUGUGUUUACCAUGGGAGCAAAUGUACAUAGAAGAGCAGUUGGUUAAUUGAAGGAGGUUUUAGGCCUAUGCUAACUAAACUAUUGAAUUCUAUUAUUUGAAUUUAUUGUUAUAUAGAGUAUAUUUUAAGGAUUAGGGGAGGAAAAUUCGAUUGAGGGAAGAUCAGAUUCAAAGAAUUUUAAGGGAUUUUCUCUGAUUGUAUAGUAGUACUAAGCAAAAUCUAUUCAUUUCAUUGUUUUUCUUUUAGAAUAAGGAUAUUUGAUAUGUUUGUAGGACAAUUCUUUCCUCUCAUGGAAUUUGAUUGUUUAUCUUUUGCUAGUAA